AUGGUAGGAAUGGGACAAAAAGAUUCUUACGUUGGAGACGAGGCACAGUCGAAAAGAGGUAUAUUAAGUCUUCGAUACCCAAUCGAGCAUGGUAUAGUCACAAACUGGGAUGAUAUGGAAAAGAUCUGGCAUCAUACGUUCUAUAAUGAACUUCGAAUUGCACCAGAGGAACACCCAGUACUUCUUACGGAAGCUCCUUUAAACCCCAAAAACAACAGAGAGAAAAUGACGCAAAUUAUGUUUGAAACUUUCAACACUCCAGCUAUGUACGUAAACAUUCAAGCUGUGCUGUCAUUGUACGCAUCUGGCCGUACUACCGGUAUUGUUCUCGAUACUGGAGACGGUGUAACCCAUACCGUGCCCAUCUAUGAAGGUUAUGCCCUUCCUCACGCCAUUCAACGUCUUGACCUGGCUGGUCGUGAUCUCACCGAUUACAUGAUGAAGAUACUUACCGAGCGUGGCUACACCUUUACUACAACAGCCGAAAGAGAAAUUGUAAGAGACAUCAAGGAGAAACUUUGCUAUGUUGCGCUUGACUUUGAACAAGAACUCGCCAUUGCCAGUUCCUCAUCUUCGCUUGAAAAGAGUUAUGAGCUUCCAGAUGGGCAGGUCAUCACCAUCGGAAACGAGCGCUUCCGCUGUCCCGAGGUCCUCUUCCAACCUAGUUUCGUUGGAAUGGAGUCGCCGGGGAUACAUGAGACCACAUAUCAGUCUAUCAUGAAGUGCGACGUUGAUAUCAGAAAGGUACGUCUCGUAGAUUUAUGCCAUAUCUCAGAAGCUCUGCUGUGA